AUGCUGACUGCCAAGUCCCGGUACGUGUGUGCCUUUUUUUCGUCCCUGCGAAAUAACUCCUCCGGCCGGCCAGGCAGUGCGGUGGGGCGGGACGGGUUUAUCCUGGAGCCGUCAGCCUGCGUGUCUGAGAUGACUGAAACCCUGGAGAGAAGCAUCCCAGAGCAGCGAAACGAAGCGUCCCGGGGCAGGCUGUCCCUGUCCCACAGACGCCUCGGGAGGGUCCGCAGCCCUGCCGCCCCUCACGGCCCAGGCCGGCCCGCGCUGCUCUCGCCGCCCGCCGGGGACACCCGAGGCGGCCGGGCCCCCGCCGGCGGCACGGAACCACAACUUGAGGACAUUUCCUCUGAUCCUGUCCCUUAUUACCUGGGGGAAGAGACCAAGCUCCCCCACCUGGCUAUCCAUUGCAAUCUGAAUCCAAAUGGUAUUGAUCACCCUGUCCCCACAGAAGGUAUUAAUCUGCAGCUUGAAGGCGAAGGAGUUGAUUCACCCACGGUUAAGAGCACUGGUGCUCCAAAAGGGCCUGAGACAAAAGACACACCCAAGAGACAAGUGGAGCCAGAAAUAUCUAAGUCUGGGACUGUGAAGCUGACCAAGCCUGUGGCGUUAUGGACCCAGCAGGAUGUCUGCAAAUGGCUGAAGAAACAUUGCCCUAAUCAGUAUCAAAUCUACAGUGAGUCAUUCAAACAGCAUGACAUAACUGGCCGUGCUUUGCUGAGACUUACUGACAAAAAGCUUGAACGAAUGGGCAUUGCCCAGGAAAGCCUGCGACAGCACAUUCUGCAGCAAGUCCUUCAGCUGAAGGUGAGAGAAGAAGUCCGAAACCUCCAGCUGCUUACACAAGAAGGUUACCUGCUGAGAGCAUCUGCCACGACAUCCAUCCUCCCAGAAAUGUUUCAUCUCAGAAUUGCCUGA